CAGUCCCAGAGUGCUGGAUGCACUGGGAGCACUGGGAGCACUGGGAGCACUGGGAGCAGGAUUGGUGGUGCUGGCUCCUGCCAUGGGCUGGGCUCAUCGGUAACGAGGGAGCACCCAGCCGGACCCCAGCCCCAUUUCCAGCCCCGUCCCCAUCCCAACCCCAUCCCCAUGGGGCAAGCCUGGAGCCACGCCAGCCCCCUUGGGUGCUUGGAGGGGGGGGGUGCCAGACCCCCACCAUGAUUCUGGGCCACCCCUCCUGGCUGGGAACCAUCUCCAGAGGCUGCAGCAGGACUCCAGCCCCCAGCCUCCCCCCCCCACACCCCACCAAGCUCCGGGGGGGGCACAGCAGGGCCGGAUCCUGCCCCGGGCGCUGGCGCUAACCUGGUUAUCCGCGAUGGACGGCCGCAAUCAGCGCCGUGCCCGGCACAGCCAUAACUCACCGCGUGUCCCCCCCCCUUGGCCUUAUUGUGUCCCCCCCCCCCGCGCCACCACCUUACCGGGGCUAUAAAACGGGUCCGGGCUCAGCAGCCCCCCCACAGCCCCCGCCAUGAGCAGCUUGGCCGCCGUCCGGGAGGGCUACGAGCGCUUCGACCCCCGCGCCUACCUGCAGAAUAAUUACGUGCCCCCCCGCGCCGAUUUCUCCUCCGAGGACUGCGUGGUGCCCUGGAAGCUGCGAUGCUUGGCCGAGACCUUUGCCAGCGGUGAGAUCCAGGGGCGCACGCUCAUCGACGUGGGCUCGGGCCCCACCAUCUACCAGCUGCUGAGCGCCUGCGACCACUUCGAGGAGAUCGUGGCCACCGAUUACCUGGCGGUGAACCGCGAGGAGCUGCAGCGCUGGGCGCGGGGGGAGCCCGGCACCUUCGACUGGAGCCCCUUCAUCCAGCACGUCUGCAAGAUCGAGGGGCGCGGCGAGCCCUGGCAGGAGAAGGAACGCCGUCUGCGGGGUCGCCUGCGACGCAUCCUACCCAUCGACGUGCACCGCCCGGACCCUUUGGGGUCCCCCCUGCGCCCCCCGGCCGACGCGCUGCUCUCCGCCUUCUGCCUUGAGGCCGUCAGCCCCGACCGAGCCACCUUCGCCCGGGCUCUUGGGCACGUGGGGUCCCUGCCGCCCGGGGGCCACGCGGUGCUGCUGGGGGCCCUGGGCGAAUCCUUUUACCUGGCGGGCGCCGCUCGGUUGCCCGUGGUGCCGCUGGCCGAGGACGACGUCCGCGGGGCGCUG